CAUCCUGGCACAGCCCCUGCUGCAUCCCAGAUCCACGGCUGCCAGUGGGACUCCUGAAGAGCAUUUCAGCUGGAAACCUACAGCAACGCAAAGGAUGGGGUACAAUUUGUCCUAUGGAAAACUGCCAGACAGCCGCCCCAGCCCCGAGAACAGCAGCUGGCCCAACGGCAGCUCGGCGGCGCGGGACGAGUUCACCACCAUCGUGCUGCCCGUGCUCUACCUCCUCAUCUUCCUGGCCAGCCUCCUGCUCAAUGGCCUGGCCGUAUGGAUCUUCUUCCACAUCAGGAACAAGACCAGCUUCAUCUUUUACCUCAAGAACAUUGUGGUGGCAGACCUGCUCAUGACGCUGACGUUCCCAUUCAAGAUCAUCCAGGACUCGCGGCUGGGGCCGUGGCACUUCAACUCCUUCCUGUGCCGCUACAGCACCGUGCUGUUCUACGCCAACAUGUACACCACCAUUGUCUUCCUGGGCCUCAUCAGCAUUGACCGCUACCUGAAGGUGGUGAAGCCCUUUGGGGACUCCAGGAUGUACAGCAUCACCUUCACCAAGGUGCUGUCGGCCUGCGUCUGGGUGGUGAUGGCGUUCCUGGCGCUGCCAAACCUGAUCCUCACCAACGGCUACCCCACCAGGCGGAACGUGGACGACUGCCUGAAGCUGAAGUCUCCCCUGGGAGUCAAGUGGCACUCGGCCGUCAUCUACAUCAACACCUGCAUGUUCGUGGUGGUGCUGGUAGUGCUGAUAGGCUGCUACAUUGCCAUUUCCAGGUACAUCUACAAAUCCAGCAAACAGUUCAUCAGCUCCUCCAGCCGAAAGAGGAAGCACAACCAGAGUAUAAGGGUUGUGGUGGCUGUGUUUUUCACCUGCUUUCUGCCCUACCAUUUGUGCCGAAUACCCUUCACUUUUAGUCAUCUGGACAAAAUUUUAGAUGACUCUGCACAUAGAAUCUUGUAUUAUUGUAAGGAAAUGACCCUGUUCUUGUCCGCAUGCAACGUCUGUCUGGAUCCCAUCAUUUAUUUUUUUAUGUGUCGAUCAUUCUCGCGAAGGCUGUUCAGGAAAUCCAACAUGAGAACCAGGAGCGAGAGCAUCAGGUCCCUGCAGAGCGUCAGGAGGUCAGAGGUGCGCAUCUACCACGAGUACACCGACGUCUGA